AUGCCCACACUCUCGCCUGAUGAUUCGGAGGCCCUUGCCGCACUCAUCGGGGUGUAUGGAGAGGGGAUAGUCGAGCAGUAUGCGAAGGCCACAUUUCCCACUGUUCUGAUUAAGCUCAGGAACCUGACUGCAAAGAACGCGUCCCAGUGGAUCAAUAUCCAGAGGUUCACGGACUGGAUCGUCACAGCCAGCCAGGAUCUGGACGACACCCUUCCCGCCGGCCAGAACAACACGGCACUCGCCCUCGACAGCACUCCCUUAGCUAGCCCAGGAACGCCUUUCCGCUCUCGCACGAACAUCCCCUUCAACACGCCCAUCACCAACACCUUGCAGACUCCGACCAAGAGCUCGAACGCAGCCUCCUACCGUGCUCCCAGCUCCUCUCUACCGCCUUCAUCUCCGCCCGGAUACUCGCCCUUACGCGAGCCGCUCUCGCUUCCCCCGCUCUCAGACUCGCCAGAUCUACCGGAGCUCUUCGUACCCACUCCGAUCGAGAAGCGCAAGCGUCAUUCUACUGGCGACAGCGACAUGCCCGUCAUCAUCAGCAAUCCCACCUCUCCCUUGAAGCCAAAGAAGAAGAAGAAGAAGGCCAAAGCGGCCAGCCCGAAGGUCGUCAUCAACCGCCAGACGAGCGCCCGCGAGCUUGUCGUCCUUCCUGUUGAGCCGCUUCCACCCUACUUCGAUGUGCCCCAUGAGAAGAAUGAGGUCGCCUACCUGCUUGAUCUCAACGACCACCCAGAUCUGCACCGCUAUCGCAACAAGGAAGGUGCCGAGCUCAACAUGGGCCAGCUCAUCAUCCAACAUAACCACGACACGCUCCAGCAGCACAAGAACAACACUCGCCGCACCAAGGUCAUCGCUCUCGACAACGUCGAGUGCUUCGUGCUCGGCUUCAACUGCAAGGGUGUCUACCACUGCAGCGAGUUCGACAAGGCGAUGCUCGACACGUUCGAGACGUUCGAGAGGUACGAGGCUGACGAGGAAGAUAUGAAGACUCUUUUCGAUGCGGAACGCGACCUCAGCCAGCACUCGGCCCAAUCGCUCGUCGCCCGCGUCGCCACGCUAUUUCAUGACGCGAACAACGAACCAUGCAGGAAGGAGGGCUGUAAUGGUGUGGCCGUGUACCGCAAGUUCAAGUCUGCACCGAUGAACUACGACGGCAAGGCGGGCUUCAUCGGAUGCUCCUGCUGGCGGCCGGGCGACAAGAAUGGUGAUCACCGCUUCUACGUCAUCCCACGCCAGAUCAGCGAGGACCACGUCAAGGAGUUGUUCAAGAACAAUGGGCGCUUCGACGUCGCUGACCUUGGGGAGGCCGAUCUCCAGCCGUGCGUUCGUAUGCGGUUGCUUAGGAAUGGUGGCAAGGGCAAGCAAAUCUGUCCAUACCCGCACAUCAGCGACGGCAAGGCCGUUCAAGGGCGCAUGAUCCAUCGCGCAUGCCACGCGCGGGGAAACAUAUACUUUCCCGUCGAUCCAACUGACCGUCGCGCGCUCGUUCUCCUUCACAACGUUCCUCACAAUCACCCUGCGCCCCCACCCUCCAAGACGACACCGACGGGGGAGACUCUGUACACACAGGCAGUGGAAAAGGUGGCGGACAAGACGAUGCUGCGCGUGGAUAUGGCACCAACGACGCGAGAUGUCUUCGGCUCGAAGCUUCCGUCUGCUGUCGACCCAGGACUGAGCUCCUCACGCAAGAAGCGUGAUAUAAUGUAUCAUUCAGGUGUUACCGUCGCACGCAUCUACUGCGAGCGUGAGACCCGUGUCGCCUUCAAGCGGAUGUGGAAAUAUCUUUGGGAUACGGUCGAGCGCCUUACUGGAGAGCGCGUGAAGUUCCAUUUCCUCGACGGCUCCGGUAUCAAGGCCAUCAUCGUCGAUGGCUGCAAGCGGCAGGUGGAGGGCCUAGGCGACGACCUUGUCGAGCGCUGCCUCGCGUCCAACAACCCCGACUUCGCAGGAAAGAAGCAAGACCCCAACGUUGUCGUUCAAUACCUGCUCAAGACGUGCAUCACCCACUUCGAGCGCAAGGUCGACGAGCUCGCGAAAGUGUGCGAGAAGGAGAUCAUCGACAAGGAAGUAGGAUCUGACUUCUUUCUCUAUUAUCGUAGCUACACUAUACUCUACAAUAAUGUAUAUUAUAAUGGCAAAGUUGACGCCGCCGAGUUUCACCGCGCGGAAGCAAAUCUGGCCCGGGAAUUGCCCCAUGGGCCCGCCCGCGGAGCCAAGAGCGCAGAUGACCGCCGUCAGGUAAGAAGGCAGGAGAUGGAGAACACCGCCUCAGAUUCUGUCAGCGACUCCCAGCCUUCAGGCGUUGCGCUUUUGCCCAUAAGCGGUACAGGCGCAAAUCUUGAACUCUACUCUACCGCCCCUUUGGCGCAGCCUGUUUUCGGCUCCUGCGGGAGCACAAACCCUUCUCACGCAUCCCCCCAACUUCCCCUCAUCCAGCGCUCGAAAAUCGUAGGAUAUCCCACACGACGUUCUAGGACCAGAGAUCACGGCGACAUGAUGAGCUCUGUGCAGUGGGCGCCGGGGACGCAGAAUGCGGCAUCCACAGUGGGCCAGCCCCCGCCUCCUGCCUCGGGUCCAUCCCAGACCACAGCAGAGCCAGAGGGCAGCCCCGCCGAUCGGACGUGCAAGAAAUGCGGCAGGAUCUUCACAAGGCCCAGUGCUCUCUUCACACACAUGAACACGCAUACUGGGAAGCGACCGCACGAAUGCGGCGCGCCCGGGUGCAACUCCGCCUUCGCGGCGCGCUCGAACAUGCUCCGGCACCGCCGGACGCACGGCGAGGAGGUCGUGGCCGCCCUCGAGGAGCGGGAGCGGCGGGAGGCGGCCGCGCGCCCGCCUCCGCCGGCGGUGUUCAGCACGCCAAUCGUGAACGGGCAGGUCGGCAACGGCGGCGCGCCAGUCAACGUGCAGUGGAUGACGCCGAACCGCGCGUCGCGGGCGUACAGACGGUAUCCCGAUGUUAUUCCUCAAGUGGAGGCGAAUGUUGUAACUCCCGUUGCACCAGGGACCUCAUCUUCUGCGCCCGUCUAUUGGCAGGGUGCGGGUCCGCAGCAAGAUGGGCAGAAUGGCCUCGAGAGUAGCUAUAGGUGGGCGUGA